GACUAAGCGUGCUAUACUGUGCUUGCGAUGAUUUCUUUUUGAGUCUAAAACUUACCUAAGCCAAUAGUUGACAGCAGUUCCAAAAUGGCGUACAAGUUGGUUUGGAUGAUAGCCGCGGUUCUGGCGGCUGUAGCCGCAAUAUCCAUACAUGGAGACUAUGAAACAAAAUUCGACGAAGACGACGAUUUGGAGGAGUACAAUGAACGAGAAGGAAAAUUAUUGUUCCCAUUCGUGAGCAUCGUCCGUUUCGCCAACACGGACUGUUCCAGCACGAAUACCAUGAACGGCACGUGUCUGGCGCGCCGGGAGUGCAACAACCUCAACGGCACCAUCACCGGCUCCUGCGCUAGUAGGAGGGGCCGAUGCUGCAUCGGUAAGUUGAAACAACCCUACGUUUAA